CCUCCUCCCUGCGCUGCAGACAGCCACUCGUCGUCGCGCCCUCCGCCCCAAACCCCGGCUUUCCACCAUCUCCUGCAUCGCCGUCCGAUCCCCGCCGGUAUCCCCCUCAAUCGCCGCCGGCCCCGCCACCCUCCUGGAGUCCGUCAUCCUACGGUGUGUUUUUUUCAAAAACAGAAAAUAAAUUAUAUCGAUAAAAAUAAUCUUGAUGAUUAAGGGACACCAACUGCUCGGUCUGUGUGUGUUGAACCCGGUCCAAUGGAGAUUGGUUCGGCCGGACGAUAGUCACAAUUGGAUCGGAUGGCCUAGAUUUCAUGUACGCUGUCGGUCGCGGACAGAUGAUUGGGUCGAACCCGAACCGGAAUAGCGUGUGGAGCUCAUCUGGAAUUUUCCGCAGAUUGAAUCUCUCUUUGGACGUAUUUGAAGCCAGCGAAGCAGUGCGCCUGCCUCGAGAUCAUCUCCUUCCUGUGCAGCCGCUCGCAGAGUCACAGAUCUCGAAAUCGAUUGCCAGAACACCCGUCGUCGAAUUUUUCAUUCCCUUCCCUACCGGUGAGUAUUUUCACCGAUAGAUCCGUUUUGUUCGCGUCUGCUUCGGUUACGAGCGAGGAUCAAGUGGAAUUUAGGCUCCGAUCCAGGGAAAUUUUCAGAUCGGAGGAACUCCAUUGGCUUCUCUAUUUGAUCGGGAUGGCUAAUUCAAGGAAGUCCCAAUAGGAAAGCGUGUUUUUUUGGAAGAGAACUGCCGGCCGAGGAAGAAGUUUCCAUUCGCGGGCCGAAUCUCCAGAGAUCUGAAAAGCUUUGGGCUUCUUCGGAUCUCUGGAAGCAUUUCCCUGAUCUACUACUGCAGUUUCCGCAACUAGCGGUAAAGACACGCAAUGGGGAAAGGAGGAGGUUGCGUCCCGAGCAAGAAACGGCGUCAAGCGGCGACUUCGGAGAAAACCGCUGCCGCGAGGGAUGCUCCGAUCCCCAUCGAAGACCGGAGCAGCGUCGAGACCACCCCCGCGCCGCUGCCGCCGGCCAAGCUCAAGGUUUUCAUCGUGUUCUACUCCAUGUACGGCCACGUCGAGGGCCUCGCGAAGAGGAUGAAGACCGGGGUGGACGGCGUCGAAGGCGUCGAGGGGGUCUUAUACCGCGUUCCCGAGACGCUUCCGGCGGAGAUCCUGGAGCAAAUGAAGGCUCCGCCGAAUGACCUGAGUAUCCCAGAGAUUUCCGCUGCAGAGCUAGUGGAGGCGGAUGGUAUCUUGUUCGGGUUCCCGACGAGGUUCGGGAGCAUGGCGGCGCAGAUGAAGGCAUUCUUUGAUACCACGGGACAGCUAUGGAGGGAGCAGAAGCUGGCCGGAAAGCCAGCCGGUUUCUUCGUGAGCACUGGAACGCAAGGAGGCGGACAAGAAACUACUGCUUGGACAGCCAUAACGCAACUAGCACACCAUGGAAUGCUCUUCGUUCCCAUUGGAUACACAUUUGGGGCUGGCAUGUUCAAGAUGGAUGAGAUCAGAGGUGGUUCUCCGUAUGGUGCUGGUGUUUUCGCAGGCGAUGGCACUAGAACACCAAGUGACGUUGAGUAUGCUUUUGCUGAGCACCAGGGGAGAUACAUGGCUAAUGUAGUCAAGACUCUGGGACAUCAUUGAUUCUUUUGUGCUUGCCAAAUCCAUUUGCUUCUGCUGUGAUUUCCCAUGUAUCUUCUGAUCUCUUCCAAUUUUUUCCCAAGAAAGAACCAAAUUGCUGAAUGCUUCUUUUUUUUUUAGUUAUUCUCCUUGUGAACUUGUCAAAACUUGGGGGUUUUAUCAACUUUUUUUUAUUGGUUCACGUGUAUUGGUCGGAACAUCUUCCAUAAAUAGCAAAGUUAGGGUGAUAAGAACUUGUACUGGCAGUAUGUGGAGUUGAUUAGUGCCCCUCUGGAAUGUCCUAGACUCUGAUUCAGCUGACUUCUUUCCAUAAAUAGCUGAAUCACGUUUUGAUUCA